UGUUGACCCGUUCGCCAUUCGAUAUGAUCAGAUGAGCUGCUUUGCCAUAAUGGAGUAUGCUUUUGAGGAGCGAUGCGCGUUGGCCCACAAGGUGCACGAGUGCGACAUAGUCUCGACUUUGUCAAAUUAUUUCUCCCUUCUGUACUGCGAGCUGAAAAUACGACGCAGGAUAGAAGAGUUGAUCGCGCUAUUCUUUAUCUUGGUGUUAGUCCUUUGCCUGAUGGUCCUUAUUUCCAAUGUCGUGGACUCUCAUUUCAGUCCCAUGCUGAAGAUUAUAGCGAUGAAGAUGGGCAUGAGCCAGUACAUAGCCGGGACUACGCUGGUCGCCUUGGGCAAUACCCUUCCGGAGGCAUUGGCAAACAUGAUGCCAGUGAGGUCCGAGGCCCCUAUGUACUCCAUAUCCAUUAGCAAUUCGUUGACUCUCAUCCUGCACCAUGAGGGAUCUCCUCUAUCUGAUACUGUCGUGUGAAGUCCUGACUUUCUUAUUGUUACGUCCCAAAACAAUUACACCUAGAGAUGGGAUUUAUCUGAUCAUUUUGUACGUCCUUUACUUGAUCCUAAUAUUUACCGAUCUAAUCGGGCAGCGAUUGACCAUUAAUUCGUUACGAAGACA